AGCAGCUGGUGUACCGGCGGGCGGAGGCGCUGCCGGCGGAGCUGGAGGGCGCCACCCUGACCGACUAUGGCGCGGAGGACGAGGCGCCCGCUCAGCUGCCCAGCGCGGCGGACCGGGCGGUGGAGGAGGUGGGGCCCUUCGAGAACUACAUCAAGGGCAUCCUGCAGAACUACGGCGGCCUGCCCCUGGACCGCCUCAACCACAUGCUGCGCCUCUUCGUGGUCAGCACACCCAAGUACGACAAGACACCCGAGCAGCUGCAGGCCUUCCUGCAGGUGCUCAUCUCUCGCGAGGUGGUGGUGCUGGACAACAACAGCAUCUACCGACUGGCGGGGCAGCGGGCGGCGGG